CCUCAUGCGGGGAGCCCUCUUUGAAUCAUCACCAAAAUCCUAGUUCCUAAAUCCUAACUAGUAUUCCUGAAGUUCCGUCCAGGUCGAAAUUUCUAAUACCAGAUAUAUUUCUUGUACGAGUUUUCGUCCAUGGAGAUUGCUUCUGCGACUAUUCAAACAUCACGUCUACUCCCAAACCGUUGGUAUCCAGUUAGAGGUUCUAUCUGUUCACGAGACUUCUCUGUUUCUUUGAGCUUCAAGAGAAAUUCAAGUCUAGCUUCUCCAUUCUCCUGCGGAAACAAAGGGUUUCAUUUAUCCCUUCAACCAAUUCGGCCACAACAAUUUUCUCUCAAAGCCAUUGCUGGUGAUACAGCAGCAGUACCAAAUGAUUGUGCUAGGGAGGAACCAUCAUUCUCCCAAUCAUCCAGCAAUAUGGAUAUUCAUGAGGAAAGCACAGAAGAAAAUAGUGAACUUGUUGAUGGGCAAGACAAGUCAGAGUUAGACAAUGCUAAAAUGAUCAGAGUUUGUGACAAGUUAAUUGAGGUUUUCAUGGUUGACAAACCUACAACAACUGAUUGGAGAAGGUUGCUAGCUUUCAGCAAGGAAUGGAGCAAUAUCCGCCCACAUUUCUUUGGUCACUACCAGGAGCGAGCAGAUAAUGAGAGUGAUCCUAUGAUGAAACACAAGCUACUUCGACUUGGAAGGAAGCUGAAGGAGAUUGAUGAAGAUGUGCAAAGACAUAAUGAGCUUCUUGAAAUAAUCAGGGGAGCACCAUCUGAGAUUAGUGCAGUUGUUGCCAGGCGGCGUAAAGAUUUUACCAAGGAAUUCUUUGUCCAUCUUCACACAGUAGCAGAAUCCUAUUAUGAUAAUCCAACAGAGCAAAAUGCUUUGGCCAAGCUCGGGAAUACAUGCAUAGCUGCAGUACAGGCUUAUGAUACUGCAUCUGAAAGUAUUGAAGCAUUGAAUGCUGCUGAGCUGAAGUUCCAUGAUAUAAUCAAUUCACCUUCUCUAGAUGCUGCUUGCAGAAAGAUAGACAAUUUGGCUGAGAAGAAUCAACUUGAUUCUGCAUUGGUGCUGAUGAUCACCAAAGCUUGGUCAGCAGCCAAGGAAUCAAACAUGAUGAAAGAUGAGGUGAAAGAUAUAUUGUACCACUUGUACAUGACUGCAAGAGGUAACCUUCAAAGGCUCAUGCCAAAAGAGAUUAGGAUACUCAAGUAUCUUCUCACAAUUAAGGAUCCAGAGGAGCAGCUAUGUGCUUUAAAAGAUGCAUUUACCCCUGGAGAUGAACUUGAAGGAAAGGAUGUAGACUGCCUAUACACGACGCCAGAGAAGCUGUAUACAUGGAUUAGUACUGUUAUGGAUGCCUUCCAUUUCAGCAGAGAAGGCACUCUUGUUCGGGAAGCUAGGGACUUGAUGAACCCAAAAAUUAUUGAAAGAUUAGAGGAACUGAAGGUGCUAGUCCAGAAGAACUUCAUGUGAGACAACUUCACUUAUCUCUCACAGUGGAUUUAUUUAGGAAAGUUCAACCUUAGACUCUCAACCCACAAGUACGAUAUUGAAAUUCAUAAAUUUCAACCCAAAUUUAUGGUCCUCACCUUGCAAAUGUAUUUCUUGAUUCCGAGGCAUCAUUAAAACCCACUGACUUCAUUUGGAAGCCUUAACCUUCUUUCUGAGUUGAUUUGAGUGAAGAAUCCCCACAAAUUUUCUAUGGUAGGAGUAGGACUGUCUCCUUUCUGGGGGGAGAUAUCUGAUGCAAAUUAUAUGAUAUUUUGAAUUUAUUACAUGGAAAUUUAUUCUCUUACU